AUGCAGCGGUCAGUCUCGGUUGUGGAAGGCAUGCCGAUGGAACCAGCAGCAAACGACAAGAAAAGCCGGCGCUCUUCAUGUCCGCCCGGCUCUGGACAAGAGAGCACUGUUUUCGUCAAGCGACCCCCUUAUACACAGGUAGCUUUCGAUAAUCUUAAUCUCAAAGAGGGCGAACCUGACAAUAGGAGUCUGGGUACGAAACUUCGAAACAAGUGUGACUGUUCGGCAAAAUGUGUGUUCAAACAACUCAGCACGUUUCUUCCAAUUAUCAAGGUUUUACGGUACUACAAUUUCAAGGAGAACCUUUUGGUGGACGUUCUGUCCGGAAUCACUAUCGGAAUCCUCCACAUCCCUCAGGCUCUUGCUUUCGGUUUACUGACAUCUGUAAAAGUUGAAAAUGGUCUUUACACUUCUGUCUGGCCGGUGAUCCUGUAUGUGUUUUUUGGAACGUCUGCUCACGUUUCCAUGGGAACGAGCGCCGUGAUAUGCAUUGUGACUGCAAGUGUUGUGGACCGACAAGCAGAAAUGUUCAAGGAUUUGAACCCACAUCUCAUGACUGGUGGAAACGGAACAUCUAAUUCCACGUUCGAAACAUGGGAAGAUAUUCCAGAAUUUAUGGAUUAUAAGGAGAACGUGGCGAUCAACAUCGCUUUGUCCGCUGGACUUAUCAUGAUGUUAAUGGGAUGUUUCCGGCUAGGGUUUGUAACCGCAUACCUGUCUGAAUCUUUCUUCAGUGCGUUUACCUCAGGUGCUGCCGUUCAUAUAGCAACCAGCCAAAUCCCAGCACUUCUCGGUAUCAAGACCCCCCGUUUUGGCGGCGUGUUUAAAAUCAUCUAUACGUACGAGGCUAUCUUUGGUAAGAUACACGAAAUGCAGCCGACGACUCCGAUAAUAGCAGUGAUUAGUAUUGUUAUAUUGUUCUUCGUGAAGGAGUGUAUCAACGAACGAUUUAAACACAAACUCUUCAUUCCGAUCCCAGUGGAACUUCUGGUGGUCAUUUUGGCUACAGUAUUAUCUUUCGCGAUUGGCUUUGACGAAGAAGCUGUCGCGGACGAGGACAAAGUGUUCCACGUCGCGGUAGUAGGUCAGUUGACCUCCAGUUUCCCUGCGCCUGUAUUUCCUGACUUGACUGGCAUACAAAACUACAUAAUUGACAGUUUUGUGAUCGCCAUUUUGAUUUUCGCCAACACCAUUGCCAUGGCAAAGAUCUGCGCCAAGAAGCACAACUACGAGAUAGAUGACAGUCAGGAACUGAUUGCGUACGGUAUGUGCAACUUCCUCAGUGCGUUCAUGUUGUGUUUUCCGUCUGCUGUCGCCCCUCCAAGAUCAAUGGUUGCUUCCACCAUGAACACCAAGACAACAUUCACCGGGGUUUUCGUUACCAUCCUCAUGUUGCUUGUAAUCUUAGUGAUAAGCGCUCUGUUCAAACCUUUACCCAAGGCUGCACUGGCCGCUAUUAUAGUAGUCGCCCUGAAAGGACUUUUCGUUCAAAUGAUGGAUUGUAGAAAGUUCUGGAAAGUCAAUAAGUUUGAUUUCAUCAUAUGGUUCUUUACCAUUUUCAGUGUCGUAUUCCUUGAUAUCGACCUUGGUUUAGGUAUUGGUGUUGUGGUAUCCCUUGUCACUGUUGUGUUCCAGACCCAAUUCUCGCGAGGUUAUCGUCUGGCCGUGACUUCGAAUGAAGGUAUCAUGGUCGAAAGCAACAAGUACAGAAACACACGCGAAAUUCCAGGAGUAAAGAUCUUCCGUUUCCAAUCCAAUCUUUACUUUGCCAACGCAGAAAUAUUCCGAAACACUUUGUACAACCGGACAAUAAAUCCAAGAAAAUACCUCAAAAUGCUACAGAAGCAGAAAAAACGCGACGAAAAGGCAGGCAUAGAGAAGAAUGGCGAUGUAACGAGCAGUUAUGUAAGCCCAUCUACGAAAGCCACCGACAUGAAACACGAUAUGCAAUCGAUUAGUCUGGACUCAAACGGGAAAGACAUAAGGCAGAAAAAAGAGAGUGUAGUGUCAAACAUAUCUAACACUAGCGCGGACAAUCCAGCUUUUAGCGUGUCCGAGGAAAAUCUUGUUCCUGUCGGAAAUGGUAAGUUUAACGGAACACCGUCACACAACUUCCUUACGAUCAGUAACUACCCGCUUCCGAGCAGACGAUUUAGUGUGGCGUCGAGCAUCAGUAUGAUGACGGAGCUUGAAAUUGACCCUGUAGACGGAAACGAGGUUGUGAGUGACGAAUGGUUGGAACGGGCCAAGAAAAUUCACCAUAUCAUCAUCGACUGCUCUACCAUGAAUUAUCUGGAUAUUUCCGGUGCAAGUGUCCUCAGUCACAUCUACGCCGAAUAUCAACAUGUGAACAUUACCGUUUUCCUUGCCGGUUGUUCGGCAGACAUUCGUAACACCAUGGAACAUGCUGGCGUUUUUGAUAAAAUUCCUAAAGAUAACUUUUUCAUUGAUCUUGAAGACGCCAUUUCAAUCGCUAAAAACAUGGCCGUACAGCCGGUACCAAUCAAUCUGGCAGACUUUUCUGAUGACGAGGCUGCUGAAGACUCUUACAUUACCCGGAUGUAG